CAGUAAUAUCACCAUUUAAAAUAAGGGGGAGGUUGUUAUAUCUCGGUUUACAGUAACAUCACCAUUUAAGAUCAGGGGUAGGUUGUUAUAGCUCCUCCUUGUUUACAGUAAUAUGAUUAUUUAAAAUCAGGGGUAGGUUCUUAUAGCUCUGUUUACAGUAAUAUCACCAUUUAAAAUCAGAGGUAGGUUGUUAUAGCUCCUUGUUUACAGUAACAUCACCAUUUAAAUUCAGAGGUAGGUUGUUAUAGCUCCUCCUUGUUUACAGUAACAUCACCAUUUAAAUUCAGAGGUAGGUUGUUAUAGCUCUGCGCCAGGCUCCCUUGGCUAUGUGUGUGUAAUAUUUCGGCUCCUUUCUGUUUUAUGACCUGAGAAUAGUUCCUUUAACCUUCUCAACUAAAACUGGUAAAACAACGGUUCUGGCAUUGGCGUACACUACGUACACUUUCACUUUUAAUAUGGCUCCGCCACAGAAGUCCAUUCAGCACGUGAUAAUUAUUUUCAUUUAAUUUACGGAAGGGCAUCACCAGGGGUGGACCCCGAGGCUUAAUUUGACUCAAGACGUGAACCUCACCCCGCCCAGACCCCGAAAGGAUUGACAGACUGAUACUGUAGCUCUUGCUCGAUUAGAGAACUCCCAUUUUCAUCAUGGCUCCUGCACUCCACAACUACUUGUUUAUUCAGCUAAUAGUCCUCCCUAAAGGGCUCUCUCAGUUGGUGAAAACACAGAAGGUUGUCACAGCAACCCUGGGAGAAGAUGCAGUCUUAAMCUGUGAGCUCAUGACACCCAAAGACGUGCGUCAAGUCACCUGGCAGAAAGAGACAACUGGGCCGAAUGGAAAUAUGGCCACCUACAGCAAACGCGGUYCYSAUGUCAACCYACKUUUUMAGGGGAAAGUGGAGUUUGAAGACGAGGGWCUGCAGAACUGCUCUAUCRUCAUCAGAGGAGUGUCAAGAGGAGAYGAGUCCUGCUAYAAGUGUCUGUUUAACRCCUWUMCARAUGGACCUAUCAGUGGAASGACSUGCCUCCAAGUCCAUGAGCUGUAUGGACCCUCACUCCUCAUCACACAAACCAACGACAGUCACACCCCUCUGUCCUGUUCUGCUACUGGACGACCUGUUCCUAUAGUAACCUGGGAUGACACAGAAAUUCUAGAAAAUUCUACAAUGGCCAAUGUCACCCAUCUCAAUGGAACUGUCACUGCCACCAUAACUUCCACGCUGGCAGCAUUCAGUCUACCUGACAAAGACACCAGGGUUGGCUGUGUGGUGUCACUGUUCUCUGGRGGUGUCACCAAGAACGUAUCCAUGGUUAUUCCAGCUAGAACUCAAGCUUCAUUUCCUGGUGUACCUGAGGUCACUGAUGGUGACAGGAUCAGUGUUAAACCAACAGGGAUUGGUGCAGUGAUGGGUUCACUGUGUUUCAUUGCUGUGUGCUGUGUAGCUGCUGUGGUACUGUGCUGCAAACAGAGAAAUAAAAUGAGAAGCCCAAAUCCCACAGCUAAUGACAGAGAACAGGAAGAACCAUCAACACUCAACCCUCAACAUGAUGAYCCUGAAAUAUUUGUAUGAUUUUAAGUAAACAGUGUUUGUACUUACUGUAGGUAAGAAAUAGAUUAGAGAACAUUGAAUUGUUUUUCAGCAUCAAAUGUCCUCUCUGGAUUAUAUGUAACUGUAAAUACCCACAAAGCAGUUAUAUCACUACACUAUUACAACAGAUGAUUUGACUCUUAUCAGUAUCAUUGAUGUUAAUGUCUUUCAGGACCACAACAAUCUCCAGUACAUUCUAAAUGUAUUAGUACAACCUUAUUGGAUCAUCCUGGUAGAGUGCUUGAAACAGAGAUUGUAAAUGUUAGAGUCCGGUUGCAGAAGAGCCCAGUUCCUCAAGACAUGAGAUCCACUAACAUGUUUAAAAUGUCUCAACCAGACUACUAAUCCAUCUUUAGAAUAUUACAGUAUAUUCUAAUUGUAUGAUAAAGAUCAUAUUAAAUGCAUGGUGACUAGCAAGAUACAGUACUACUAUUCAUGAAUGAGAGUCUUGGGAGCAUGAACAGUGUGCAGGCCUUCCUGUUCUUUAUUAGUAUUCUUUAUUAGCCCAGCUCCUACGUUUAGAAGGAUGUGGUUAUGACAAACAUUUCUAAUGAGACAGUCAGACAGGUAGAUGCAAUGUGUACUAGAUAUAUUGAACCUUUUUGAGUUGUCAGUCAUAUUUAUUUUCMAGUCAUAUGUAAGCUAAUUUACACCUGCACCAUACAUUACAUAAUGUUACAUAAUCGCUAAUACUGUUUUUUGUUUUGAAAUUGCACUUUAGUUUUGAGAGAUGAGGUUUGUCAGUGAGGAAAUAUAAUCUAUUAGAACACAGCACCACCUACAGUUGACUUUAUGACACACCAGGAAGAAGAGGGGGGAGAAUAUCCUUCUAUUUAAUUUAACUUGAAUCCAUUUAAAUAUGGUAGCACUUGUGUCAGUGUGAGGUUUAUGCUGUUAUUAUUACAUACUGUACCUAUAGUAAUACAGAUACCUGCAUGUUUUACCUCCUUUGUUAUAUCAAUACAAUGUAUGAAUGUAUUUGAGCCCUGAAAAUAUAAUGGUGAUGAUAACAAUGUUUUGCACAUUGAUUGUUUGAUACACUUAAAUCUAGUGAACAAGGUACGGUAUGUCAAGGUUUAGUUCCUGUUUGUAUUUAUUCUGAUCGUGGAUGUUGCUUGUUGUGUUUGACCCCACUUGAUUUGACACUGUUUAUAAAUCAGGCUAUUAUUCUCACUUGAUCUGUUCAAUGUUUUAUAUUGUUAAAGAUUCAAAAGCAUUCUUUAAAUGUAUUGUGUUCCCUCCUGUUUGCUAUAAAACUAUAUGCUGUACUUAAAAAAUCA